AUGGGAUCUGUUGAGCAACCCACGACGCUGUCAAUGCCGCGGCGCACACAUACACUCUCGCGCAUCACCAACGAGACCAAGAUUCAGAUCUCUAUCUCACUAGACGGAGGCUCGUUACUGGCCUAUGAGCCCUCGGAGCACUUUCCUGCUUCGCUUCCUACGGCGCAGAAACAAACAUAUCCCGAUGUCCUCAUUCCGCUUCCGACGUCGCACCACGCCACGCAAAUCACCCGUACCCAGCAAAUCGCCAUUUCCACCGGCAUUGGCUUCCUGGAUCACAUGCUUCACGCCCUGGCGAAACAUGCUGGGUGGUCUCUUGCGAUCCGGGCCUCUGGAGAUCUGAUCGUCGACGACCAUCAUACUGCUGAAGACGUCUUCCUGGCAGUUGGAUCGGCGUUCAAUGCGGCGCUGGGCAAGCGGGCUUCUAUCGUUCGCUUUGGCCGAGGCGAUGCACCGCUCGACGAAGCCUUGUCGUGGGCGGUCAUCGACCUGUCCAAUCGACCCUACAGUGUCAUUGACUUCGGCUUCACCAGGGAGAAGAUUGGGGACUUGAGCACGGAGAUGCUGACGCAUGGGUUGGAGAGCUUCGCCCAGGCCGCAAGCGUGACUCUUCACGUCAAGUGCGUGUAUGGCCACAACAACCACCACAGAGCAGAGAGCGCGUUCAAGGCUCUCGCUGUGGCGUGUAGACAGGCCUGUGAGAGAAGGGCGGAAGGAAGUGUUGGGAGCGGCGAUGUCACGAGUACGAAAGGCGUCCUUGGUUCGAGUGUCAAUGGUUGA